CACUGUCGUGGACACUCACAAAGAAUUCACAUUUUUCAGCGCGGACGCAAGCGUCGGUCAUAACAUUUUUUUUUAUUGACUAGUGAUGUGACAAUGUCGAGUGAGAGCAGCUCAAGUAAGCAAUUCGGUUUGUACAGGACGAUAGAUGCAAGGACAGAGGAAUUUCUCAAGUUGUCAAGGAAACGGCAGAUGCGGCAAGGAUGCCUCUGUGCAGCCAUAUCGACUGCUAUUACGGUUACUGUAGUCAUUAUAGUUCUACUUAUCUACGAGAAUCUGAUUAUAGUAGAAUCUAAUGCAGUACAAAAUCUCAAGUCUAAAUAUAAGCUUGUUAAAGAUCAACCAAUUGCUGACAGACUUGAUAGGAGCUAUUUCGGCUUUGAUCAAGAUUACUUUGAGAGAAUGCCAUUACUUGUUAAUGCUUUGCAAGAAAAUAGUUAUAUAGAUCCAACAGCAGAAACCUCUGUUCCUGCGACCAUUAUGAGGAAGAAGCAACGCUCUCAAACCCUUAGCCAAAUUACAAGAUCACAAACAAUGUACAAAUCAGUACGAAAAACAACACCUAAACCAUUUUCGUACGAAUACAGAAGUCCUAACCCGACACCGUUCAGUAAGAAUUUUAAUUCCAGGAGUUGGGUGGAAAGUUACCGCAACGCUCAAAGAUUAAAAAAUCUUAAUCAAGUCAUAAAGUAUCUUGAAAAAACUUUAAAUGCCAAGUUUGGGGAUGUCAGCGAACCGUCAACCGCUCAAAUAGCAUUUUCUGGUGUUUAUGUUGCACCAAUUGAAAAGAAGAAAUCUACACACCAAGAUAAUAUUAGUUAUGAAGCACAAGGGUCUAGGAAAGUUGAAUAUCAAUCUAAUCAUGUUUCGGAUCCAUUAUUUGUAUUUAAACCAGAUAGUCCAGGCGAUAUAAAUUUACUAGCAGAAGGCUACAGGUUCUCACCUUUACUGACAUCACACCAGACAAGUAAUAAAUACAGACCAAUGUUUAGACCCGUAACUCAACACAAAAGAAAAUGUUUAGGAGUUACUUGUAAUAAAAUGUCUGAUUCUCAAAAUGUCGAUGCAAUUGAUUUUACUGGAAUUCAUGCGAACAAAUAUGAUAAACCAAGAGCAUUCGGGGUAAUGCUCGAUUUGUAUCCUAUAAAAUCAACAAGUUCAUACGAAGACUUAGAUCCUAAAAGCACUUCGGCUAUAGAUCACAUUUAUAUUACGACGUCAAGGCCGCAAUUUCAGUUUAAAAAGAAAUCAAACAAUUCAAAGGAUAGAAGAACGUCAUUCAAGCCUAGAAGACCCAAAAUUUUAGCAAAUAGAAAUAUAGAAUUAACAACAACACAAGCACCAAAUUUUGAGACUACAAAAGUGCCACAACAAAGAGUUGUGCAUUUCAAUGUAUAUUCUGUAAGAACAAACCCUUCAUAUCCAAAUGAGCAAAACAUAUAUACAAGUACAAGUACAAGCACAACUACGACUCCCCAAAUACCAUACGAACCAUAUUAUGACCACAAUUUAUACGACGUACAACUGCCUGUUUUAAAUACAUCUUUUGUUGAAGAUUAUCACGCAGGAAGUUCGGGCGUAAUACCGGUUGAAUACACUCCUCCUCCUCCUGUUUACCAAUAUACAACACCUACAAUACCACAGUUUGAUUCAACGUAUUCAUCUACAGAAUCAUAUGUAACUAAUCCCCCAGAAAUUUUCAAAUUUAGUCCCGAAGAUGCUAAAGUGCCAGACGAAUAUUUGAAUUUGAAUAUGCGGAAAUCAGACAUAAGUAUGAUGAGUGAAUCAGAUAUAGAAACGAGAAAUGGCGAAGAUUACACAAAAGCAUACACCGAAUCUGACAACGAUAGUACACAGCUAAUAGAUGAUAAUGAGGAUUCCAAAAUGCUAGUUAUUAAACUAAAGAAUGUUUUACAAACAACAACAGACGCACCAGUCACGGAAUUCUAUACAGAUACCACGACAGAGAUUCAACCUACAGAAACAACUGAAAAAGAAGAAGACACUUACGUACCAACAAUAAACGGACACUACAGGAGUAUGAAACGCAAAACAUUAAACAUAUUGUUUAAUGAGAAUUCAGAAAAAUACAGGAAGAAAAGGCUUGAAACGUCGAUCAGUUUUCAACGGUCAACUUAUGUUCCUAUGUAUGUAGAAAUAAAAAGGAAUCGAACUAAUACAUCUAUUGAAAAUGACUAAACGUGCUUUACUGUAUAUUUCUUUACCCACCGAAUUUUUUUACAAACUAACACUUUCGUGCUUAAUAAUUUCAUAGUUGGAUUUGUUGCAACGUUACCUUAAUUUAGCUAAAAUGCAUUUUUUAUUUAUACUGUGAUCCUGUAACAGCUUUU